AAACACGAAGAAGAAGAACAAGCUACCAAAUAUGGUAAAAACCAAAACACCGGCGCUGUUAGCUAGCUACGCUAGUCUCGAAUGUGGAUGUGGGACCAUAACUUUAGUGUGUUGAAUUCUGACCGGAUAAAUGAUUGUUGGGAGCGAUAACAGAAACUAUUUUUUCUCUUGAUUUUGUACCAGAAUAGCAUAACAUAAAAUGAAGAACUUUUCGCCCUGCUUCAUGCAACAGAGCUACUAGCUAAGGGUUAAUCCAAUAGGAACCCAGUAAAGAUGUCAAUGGAGUGCCAGUUAUCAGCACCACCACCUCCACCUGUUCCAGGUCCACCACCUCCUCCAGCCUCAACCCAAAAGAAGAAGCUGUAUCAGACGAUAGCCAGCAGCAGGAGUCCUGUGGAGGGGAACCACACAGAGGCCCGCUUACUGCUCAGUCAGAGGGAGAGCAGUUUUCAGAAGGACCUGCAGUGGAUACUGGUGAACACAUAUGUGCCUUCCCUCAUCCAAGAUGGUCCACAGUGCGGUCUUGUGGCUUUGUGGAUGUCCGCUCACCUUCGACAGCCACAGCUGAGUAUUGACAUGGAAACUGUUGUUCAGACAGCACUGAGCAGAGGAUACACAGCACAGGGUGAAAUGUUUUCAGCUGAAAACAUGGCCCUGCUGGCAGAGGAAGUUUGUGGCUGCAGAGCAGAACAGCUGUCGGGAGGUUUAGGCGGUAGUAAUGCUGCAACCAUCAUCGCACACUUGUGGGGGGGACAGCCUGUUCUUAUCCCAUAUGAUGAAGAUUACAACCAUGAGCCGUGCCAGCGGAGCGGCCACAGAGCACACUGGGCGGUUGCUUCAGGUGUCCUCCUUGGUUUGGACCCGGGCAGCGUGAGCGAAGCACACACUCAGCCCGAUCCCACGGUGCCCUGGCUCCAACUCGCAGCAGAAAGCGGCUCUCCCUGUCCCUUCGGUAUCACGGCAGUCAGAGAAGUCUACGUCCUGGCUAAGCAGGGUAAAAGCCUGCGCUACCAGCUGUGGAGCUUGGACAGCGUAGCUCAGAGCAACGAGCAGCUGAGGACGAUGGACCCUCCGAGAGCCCAGGACGGGACUCAGUAUGUGGUUCCUCCGGGAGGGGUGGAGGCUGGGCUGGCAGGACAGGCGGUGCUGCUCCACACGAGGACACAGGAGCAGUAAAACAAUGUGAUGCAAACUUAAUGCAGGGUCUGACACUUAGAAAAGACUCUGAUCGACUGAACGGCGUAGUGUGAACUCUCAUCAACUCAAUCACUGUCAAGAAAGGAUUGUUUUUAAACAAUCUGGUGUCUGUGUGGCUUCCAGAAGUUUUUGAAAGUACACAAAUGGGCUUCAAAGAUGAGCUGCUGUCCCCUUUACAUCUGUAGUUAUAUUAAUCCCUUCAGUUAGUGGUGUUGACUUAUUAAUGCAUCAUCGAAAAUAUUGGAUUUGCAUUGCUAUUUUGAUUAAAAUUAUACAUUUAUUUAUUUUAAAUUCAUUGUAUAAAUGAUCUUCUAAAGUUAAUUUCCAACAAGAACUAUGCAAUUCAAAAUGAUCCAUAUCACAGAUCUUUUCAAUACUUUAUUUUUUGAAAGUGCAAUUUCUUUCGAAAAAUUAUCUUUCCCUUCAGCAGGUUUACAAUGUGAGAAUUCUUGAUUAACAAAUUGGUGCUUAAUACAUCACGGACUGAUGUUUUGUACAAACUCUUAAUGUACUACAUUGUCAUCUUGAUGCACUGCCUGCCUGUGAACAUUUUGGGAUAUUCAGUAAAAUAAAUGAAAAUGCUGAGAAACAGACUGAAAACAAAACACAAACUCUGAAAGAUGUUAUUUCCAGUUUAUUGCAUUCCAUCAUCUGGACAAAGCAGGGAAUGAAUAUCAAUGUUAAGCAGUCUGUCUGUGCUUUGCAGCUUUAAAAUAGGCUGCCUUUUGAAAAUACAAAAUGUGAUUAUAAUUCCAGUUUUCUUACCUAUAAAGCAGCACCCAGUUUGAGAACCUGAUCAUUUGCCAUUUUACAAAUAUAGAGGAUUUGUGGGCUAAGAAAUGUAAUACUUUGUAAACAGCUUAAACCUCUCUCUGUGAACAUUUACUUUUCAGGAAAUGGAAAAAACCAAAUUCCUAAAAUUUGUUCUCUGAUUACAUAAAGUUAGAUGUUUACAGCUCACUGACGAGUUCACUACCUGCUGCAUUGCAGUCAAGGAACAACAUAUAUUAUCCUAAGCACUGACUUCAUAUCUUAACAUAACCACAUUUUUGCUUUGUAAACUCCAUCCUGCAUACAAAAAAUUCUUCCAAACUCUGUGUUUAGUGUAGCUAAAGGAGAUUUACUAAACGUCCUUGUGUUUAAAAUGUUAUAUUCUUGGAUUCAACUAUGUGUCAUGCGUUGAAUCAUAGGAUACAUUUGAAGAUCACAUGUAAGCUCAUAUAUAAAUGUCACCUUACAAAAGCCUUACCAGUUUUAGCAGGUAUUUCCAGUUACAUUUCACUCUCUGCACCACUGCUUUUCUGUGAAACUCCCAGCUAAUUUGAAGCAACACUGAUCAGAUUAAUGAAGUGAUAAUAGAUUUAAUUCAUGCAAUAAACUUCUUAAUUUCU